UUUAUUUAAUGCAUUUUAUACAUAAAUCUCUUGUAUUUACACACGUGUUAUAAAUUCUAUACCACUAAUUGUUAUGUCUAGUAAUAUUUAACGUUCUGGAUGGGAGCCUGUCUACCAAUACUCAAUUUCUCCUAGGGGAGAAAUAAAGUAUGUUCUGAUCUAUAUAUAUGUCUAUGAGUGAAAUGACUGCAAAGGAAUACUUUCCUUCGAACAGAACGUUCUUUUUGGACUACUGUACACCCUGCAGAGGAGCAGAAACAAAGCAGCUGUGUAAAGAAACCUCUGACUCAGGACGAUGUUCAGCUUUUGGCUGCAAGCUGCAGUCAUUAACGGAUUCGUAGGAAGUCCUUUUCCACGCAGGUCUAGUAAAAAAAAUACUGUGUUUCCUGAGGGGGUGGGUUCUGUUCGUUUCCCGGCAAAACUGAUUCCAGAAAUUCCCUGAACGUGGGGGAAGUGCGACCACCUCUCUCCUGAUAUGGUCAAAGUUUCCGCUUGGAAAAGCCUGGAGCCCUUCACGGGUUGUGGGAAACGGCGGUUACGGUUUUCAGGUUGUCGCAAAUGUUUACACCUGGAAACAGAUUUAUCUCAGGAAAUGUGUAACUGUCUGGCAAUCACCACGAAUUUUAGUCUGUUCGGCGCCAUCUUGGCGGAACACUUGAGCGUCUUUUGUUUACAUGCCGGCUAAGUGAAACUAACAAAGAGCAAGUGAAGGUAGCCUAUGUCAGCUUUAGUAUUAACGGGGCCGUUUAAAAUAAAGAGAAACCGAAAGAAGCUGCUGCGUCAUGUUGCAUCACCAUCAUCAUCAUAAUCAUCAUCAUCUGCCGGGAGUCAACCCGCCUGCACUCAAAACUGCUCGGAGCAGCUGACUGAGCGGCUCAGUCCUCACACAGCAUCAGCAGCAGCUCACCGAGCUACCUGCAGAACCAGGUGGGUCGGCCUGACUCACCCUGCUAGGCUGGAUGUGUGCUGAUCCGGACCGGGUGAAAGUCAGUCCUGCUGGAGGAGAAACAUGCCCCUGCUGUUCAUGGACACCGGGUGUGAGCUUAGCAGCCCCUGCGGCUCCCUGUCAGCGGACGAGUGCAGCAGCAGCACCUCUGCUCUGGAGAGAGAAGGAGAGGGGAACCGGCCUCGACCCAGAGUGACAAAAAGGCGAGAAAAGAACCGAGACGCGGCGAGGAAAAGCCGGCGUAAACAAACGGAGAGAGCUGAUGAGCUGCACGAGGAGCUGCAGAGUCUUGAGCAAUCAAAUUCAGCUCUGCAGAAGGAAAUUGCAAAGCUGAAGAAAGAACUUCGCCUCUAUGAGACGGCGUUGGAACGCCACAAACCUCACUGCCGCCUAAAGGACGCCGCUUCGUCCCCAGCAGAUCUCAAAACCAGCUCCGGUCCUCUGCAGGACUCGUCCUCCUUAAGCACCAGCGUGGGUUUAAAAGCCUUCAGUGACCCUGAAAAGACUCGCCUCCCGUCUUCAUCUUCCUCUCCAGCAGCAGCAGCCUCGUCGGCUAAACUCCUCGUUACCUCGUCCUCAUCCACGUCUUCCUAUUCUGCCUCUUUCUUCACACAUCCAGCUCCUCAUUCUUUGUUUUGUGAACCGCCUCCCAGCUUCGUUCCCUCCACAGCAGCUCAGCUACUGACCAACAACGCUAACACAACCGCCUCAGCAUCUCAAAGCAGUUCCUUUACAGACGAUUCAUUUUUAAGAACCCUCAGUUCUUCCUUUGCAGCUCCACCGGCAGUGCUUUCCUCCUCAGCGGUCCAAAACACAGCUUUACCGAAACCAAGCAGUCCCAGGAAUCUGCCUCAGUUUCCUCCCUGCAGGUUCAGUGGAAGCAAUGCUGCGACCUUAGUGACCUCUCCUCCUGCUGCUCCUCUAGCCUCCAUCGAAGGUUACGAUCAACAGGUUUCUCCGGCUCCCGAGUCUCUGCUGUCCCUGCUCACCGUGCCCAGCCCUCUGAAUCACUGUCAGACCAGCUGUCAUGCACCAACACCGGCCGCCUCUAAAGACAUGUCUCUCUCUGAGCUGCUGGAGGUCAACGAGUGGAUCCUGAGUGGCUUCGGUAACCAGUAGCAUCACAGAACAGCUGUUUAUUUUUAUUACAUUGAGAGAAGUCCAACUGUAAGACACAACCAAUGUCUCACACUGCAAAAACAAAAAAUCUCACUAUGUAUUUUUGGCGCACUUUCUAGUGCAAACAUCUUAGUUAACUUUAAAUAAGACAAAAUUAACCUAUAAGUUACGAUUCAGAAGAAAUGGGAGCUUAUCACUUAAAGUUGUUUUGCAUCAAACCCUAUUAGGUUUUUAUAGCUUGGAGUCGUCAUAUAAUCCCAACAAUAACAUAAUUUUCUAGUCAUUUUUACCAGGGAUGUCAAUAAUAGUAAACAACCUUAAAAUAAAAAUCAUUUUAAUUUCAGCAGUAUAAUUUUCCACUUAGAUAUUCAGUUACAGUAAUGCCAGAAAAAACACUUUUCUGCUCUACCAUCACAAAUGUAAAUAGGAAUAAAGUUUGCUAAAGUCCUUCUUGGGGGGCUGCAGAGGGAACUUAUCACCCAGGGCCCCAUUUAUGUAAGAACCGCCCCUGGAUAGAGCAGAAAAAGCUCUUUCCUGGUAUUGUACUUGUAUUACUGAUCCGAUAAAAGAUCAAGUUACUUUAAAUAUUUCACACAUUUUCCAAGGCUGCCAAGAAAUACGUCUGUAUCUGAAAAUGUUGGCUGGCAAUAAAUGAGUGGAGCUGCAGCUCUCAAAGAAUGAAUCAACUUAACAAAAGAAGGAUGAUGCAUCGAUCAGCUCCUGUGUCAGGCCUUUGCCUGAUUUUGUUCCUGUUCUGUUUUGAGCAAAACUUCUUCAUUUGUCCUCCGUUUGAGCAGCGAGUACUCCUUUGGUCAGCGACCACAGAGACCUCCAGAAAGCAAGAAAAACGACUCAUCAGGAUCCAUUUAAGAGAUUUCAAAACUUAUUGGAAGGAAUCUAUAAACGCAGUAUGGUUUUUGAGAAAGUUUUGCACAUAA